AGUGGUCAUACCUGGCUAGGCGCGCUUUUGAACUCAAGCGCAAAAAGAAAGCCGCACACAUCUCAUGUGGCCUAAAGUACUCCAUUCCAGUAGAUGGCAGUAUCGCCCUUUAGAGCGUUCUGAACUCUGACUGACUGCACCACCAAAAUUUGUUAUUAGGAAGCAGAAAUCUCCACAACGAAAUUUGACUUAUUUAUGGCACAGGCAGAGUACACAAAAGCCACUCAUCAUGGAAUGACAGCAGGUAAACGUACUCCACCACAACCAGUCUCACCGCAAGAAACUCAACCACCGGUUGUUUGAACAAGGUGCUCUGCAGUCGCUGACCGAUUUGGCAUUCAUACUAGAUCGACGCUCUGCGGCCCUAAAGAAUCGGAGAUGUCCGACAAUGGUGCCUCAGCGAUCAACCUUCUGUCUUAUGAGACACUGGUACACGCCGUGGCAGGUGCAGUGGGUAGCAUGACGGCGAUGUCCGUCUUCUUUCCUUUGGAUACAGCGAGGAUCAGACUUCAGGUGGAUGAGAAUCGGAAGUCCAAAUCGACUGCCAUUCUCCUGGCUGAAAUAGCAAAGGAGGAAGGCCUGUUGUCUCUGUACAGAGGCUGGUUCCCAGUCAUCUCCAGUCUGUGCUGCUCCAACUUUGUCUACUUCUACACCUUCAACACGCUGAAGAAAGUCAUGGUGGGUAAUCAGGGCCGGUCCAGACCGGGAAAAGACCUUCUCAUGGGCUUCAUCUCAGGGUCAGUGAAUGUGCUCCUGACCACGCCCAUGUGGGUGGUCAACACCCGGCUCAAGCUGCAGGGGGCAAAGUUCAGGAACGAAGACCUCCAGCAGACCCACUACAGAGGCAUCUUUGAUGCUUUCUCACAGAUCAUAGCCAGGGAGGGAGUGGGGACUCUUUGGAACGGUACACUGCCUUCUCUGGUGCUGGUCUUCAACCCUGCAGUCGUGUUCAUGUUCUAUGAAGCCAUGAAGAGGAGAGCAGGCAGAGGAGGGAGGAAGAUUACAUCAGCAGAGAUCUUUCUCAUUGGCGCUGUGGCCAAGGCCAUCGCUACCACGGCAACGUAUCCCCUGCAGACCGUCCAGGCCAUUCUAAGGUUUGGGCAGCACAAAGCUGAGGGCAAGGGAGGUCUACUGGGCAGUCUCCGAAACAUAGUCUACCUACUUAUGGACAGAAUCAAGAGGCAUGGUGUGCUGGGCUUAUACAAAGGCCUGGAGGCCAAACUGCUCCAGACGGUACUAACGGCAGCCCUCAUGUUUGUGGUGUAUGAGAAGAUCACCGCAGCCACCUUCAAGGUCAUGGGCAUCAACAAGAAACUGAAGCACUGAGGUGUGAGCUGGCCCUUAGACCUCAACCUGCACUGGCUAUACAACAGUGGUCACCACCCACCCUGGUCCCGGAGAGGAGCUCACAGGGUGUGCCGGGUUUUGUUCUUGCCCAGCAAUGAAACCCCUGGUUCAACGUUCAGAUUGACCUAUUACCACAUAUCUGGAACUUGAUUCUGGUGUGUUUAGCACUGGGUUAUGACAAAAGCCUACACACCUGUCUCCAAGAUCAGGGUUGGUGACCACUGGGCUACUGACUCCCCAUCCCAACUUGCCUUUCCUCAAUCCCAACAUACACCUCAACCAGAGAUGGUGUCUCUCCUCCUCUCUUUUCCCCUUACACUCAGAGGUUUAUUCCACAUACAGUAUUCAUAUCUGUCUUCCCUACACUGCCAAUAUGGGUGAAUCUCUCUGGAAAUGGUUGUACAUGGUCUUAUAGGAGGUGCCAUAACUGUCUAGAAUAUGAAUUCUGUGGCAAUUGUAUUAUACCUGAAUGACUGGCAUUACAGUUGAAGCUUGUUAUGCUUUCUCCACCACUAUUACCCUGGAGUGCUGAUAACAACUAGCAGUUUUACGAGCCAACUCAUUUUUUUCUUAGAUGUUGUCUUGCCAAAUAGUUUGGAAAGAUGAUGCCCAAGCGAGUGAAGAGCAAUAUUCUCAAGAACUUUGAGGGCUUGAGUGAAGCAUCAAGGUUUUUGCAGACAUGGCUAUAUUCUAUUUAAAUCUCUGUAUAUGCCACGGUGCUCCUUCAGCCCUGCGUUAAGACCACUACAAACCCUUUCCGGAGAGAUGUUACUGCUCUUGAAAAGUAGGUGUUGAUUUCUCAGCUGGCUGUGACAGUUUGGUGGAUACAGUUGAUGUUGGUAGUUUACAUAUACCUUAGCCAAAUACAUUUAAACUCACAAUUCCUGACAUUUAAUCCUAGUAAAAAUUCCCUGUAUUAGGUCAGUUGGGAUCACCCCUUU